UCUAAAUAUAGAAACGUGUCACUGACGUAAAGUAAUGUUUUGAUUGCAGAUCUGCACAGCUGAGCAACCAGAAAUAUCUUUAAAUUUACUAAAAUAAAUCGUUUUCUUCGGGUUUUUGCUGGAAAUCAGAUUGACAGACAGCAGUAUAAAGGAUGGGUCGAAUAUUCUUGGCACAUAUUGGUGGAACAAGACUGUUUUCAUGUUCCAACUGUGACACACCUCUUACAAACAGGGCUGAACUUAUAUCUACAAGAUUUACAGGUGCUACAGGAAGAGCAUUCCUAUUUAACAAAGUUGUUAACCUGACCUACAGUGAAGUCCAAGACAGAGUUAUGCUCACAGGACGGCAUAUGGUCCGCGAUGUAAUGUGCAAAAACUGUGAUCAGAAACUCGGCUGGAUUUACGAAUUUGCCAAUGAGGAGAACCAGCGUUAUAAAGAGGGGCGUGUCAUUCUAGAACGUGCCUUGGUCACUGAAAGUGAGGGUUUUGAGGAACAUGUAGGGACUGAUAGUUAGGAAAAGCUAACCAUUUGACGGCGUUUUGUACAUUGUUUUUUCAUUUGGUUUAAAAACGGGGAAAAGCAUUCUUAUCAACCUGUUGUAUUCAUAGUAACUUUGUGACAAAAUCAUAUUUAAAGGAAAAUAAUAUCUUUGAUAAAAAGUUGAAAAAUAAUGCAAAAUUAUUAAAACAAGAGUAAGAAUUGUGGCACACAAUUAUUUAUAUGAAAGGAAAAGUAUCUUUUAUAUGAAUUUAGAUGUGAAUUCUUUCUCAAAGACUUAUUAAUAUUUCAUUUUUGCAGAAUUCCCUUAACAACAUGGUUUAAUGUUUUUCUCCACAAAUAACCAAAUAAAAUCAUGUGCAAUGUAGUGACACUCCAGAUGAUAUCAAGUUGAAUAUCGGCACCCUAUACAUAAUUGAACUUUCAGUAUCUAAUUUGAAUAUUCAAUAGUUUUGUAUGGGAAAAAAGAUUUUUCCUAGUUUGGAUUAGUCUUUGUAUGCUUGUACUGGCCAAGCAUUCUGGAACCAAUUUUUCACCUAGCUUGGAUGUAUCUUUUGAUGCUUGUGCUGGCCAAGAGUUGAAACAACAACUUUUCACCUUGCUUGGGUGGAUCUUUGCUUGUACUGGCCAAGAGUUGGAAACCAAUUUUUCAUGUUUACUGGAUAAAUCUUUAAAUUCUUGCACUGGCAAGGCUUAAGGAAACUAGAUACAAGAAUUCUCCUUGUCUGGUUCCAUUGAGAAUUGGUUUUAAUUUUUUUGUACCAGUCAGACUUUCGGGUGAAAAUUUUUUCCUGGGUUUUUAAAUGCUAGACAAGAGGGCUAGGGUAAAAGGUUUUAUGCAUGCAUGUUAAACAUGUCAGGAGUUCAAUAGAUAAUAUUUCAUUUAUUGUUCAAAAAUAGGAUUUUUUUAAAUUUUGUAUUUUUGUUUUUAUUUGAAUCUUUGAUAAAAAUUUCUUGAAGUUCAUUAAAUUUUUGCUUUCAAGUUAAUAAAAUGUUGAUAAAAAAAUGCUUAAUGAUUUUGAACCUGACAAAUCUUGAAUGAUUCUGUAAUUUAAGUAAAGAUUAACAAUCCUCUGAAUUUCACAAGUUUUGAAAUCACCAAGACUUGGUUCCAGCAUUUGAAGAAUUUAUAUUUCAUUUAUCUUUGGUGAAAUAACAAUAUAUUUUUUGGUCUACAGAAUUAAAGAGUUCCUUUUUUGUUGAAUUAUUUACAAAAUAGAUCAGUCAGCUUGUAUUGAUCCUGUAUUGGUAUUGCAUAAUUUAUGUAAAUAACAUGAGCUGAUCUAUACAGAUGUGAAUAUUUGCCAUGUCAAUUACAUGUAUCUACCUAUAGAUUUAGUGGUUUGGUUUCAUAUUAUACACCUCAGAUAGGAAUGUUAAUCUGUUUAGAAUGGAAAGUUACAUGUGUGUGUGUGUUUUUUUGGGAGGUUUUCCUGUUUCUGCACAUAGUUGAUUUUUCACUUUGGGCUAUUUUCUUUCCAGGUUAAUUAUUUUCACGUUUAUCUAAUUUUUCAGCCUGUUAUCUUGUCACAAAUAAAGAAAUCUGUCUGAUAGUGACUAUUAUUAAUGAAUUAAUUGAGUUAAUUUAAAGAAAAAUGAAAUCUUUGGUAAAGUCACCCUUUUCAAAAAAGACCUAGAUUUAGAAAGUCAGCAAUUAAUUGUACCUUUUGAUCAAUAACAUUACAAUCUACCCAGUAGAUUUAAGAGGAGCGGUGGCCUAGUGGUUAAGGUGUCUGCCUCUCAACCCAGAGAUCAUGGGUUCGAGUCCUACUCGGGUCACGACCAUGUUUCUUCAUAUGACACCUGUACUGGUUGGUUCCAGGAAGCAGACUCGAAUGUGAUUAAUAUAAGUUGCAAGAAAUUGUUUUGCAUUAGAGCUUAAAUCAUUCUGUUUAAACCAAUUUACCCAGUUUUGAUUCUGGUAAAUCACCUUUUGCCUUUUUAAGAGAGUGGUUACAUAGCAACUGUUUAUCAAUUAAUAUAAAUUCUCUGUCCAUUUUAAUGUUUCUCCUAAUUUUGUCGAAGAAAAGUUGCUAUUCAUUUGUUUAUUAUUUUGUUUGUUUAUUUUGAUAAGUUACAGAUUUCUUGACAAUGCAUAUAUUGAAUCAAUGCAUUUUAAUGAGGACUUUUUUUACCAAAAAAUGCAGAAAAAUACUUUUUCUGUAAAUUUUUUGCAUUUAUCUUUUCAUAAAAAUGCAACUUUAAUUUGAAUAUUUAAUUUUUCUUUUUCUCUUUGUACAUGAUUAAAUAUUCAUAUCUAAAGAAAAUAUUUUACAGAAGAUAAUUUAUUGUCAAUUAUUUUUUGUUGGUACAAAUGUGCUAUUACAAUUUUUUUUGUUAAAAUGUUAUAUGAUAGCCUGAAAUAAAAAAAAUCACCUAUA